AUGCAGGGUUCAUCUGAUGCGUCCAAAGAUACCUGGACUCAGAGUGACAUCAACCAAAUUCCUAGCUCAGCCGAAGCAUUCGUUGGUGGGUAUGAUAAGGAGGAUCAGCCAAUUUUCGUUGCUCGGGCUUGGCACGAAGGCGACCUGAUUCCAGGGAAGGCUAACCCUGCGCAAGGGAAUGCGUUCAUCAGUUGGAGCGGGAAGGAAGAAAGCAAAGAUAACUUUGAAAUUUUAACUGGCAAAAAUUUCUUCUGGCAAACAUUCUACGCUUCUGAAAAAAAUGCACCUGAGGAUGCAGUAGUCGGCGGGCACACUAAUGACGGUGAGUCGCUCUAUGUUGGAAAGGUUCAUAUAGACGGAGCUAACUCGAUUGGAAAGAUUCAACUUUCUCAUGCUUCAUGCUACGUUCCUUGGGAAGGUAAGGAGUUGGCUAUGCCUUCCUGCGAAAUCCUGAUCAGGGGAAAGGAAGGUGACUGGCUGAAUGCGAAUAGCGGCGAUAUCCCUUCUUCCGCAUUUUCGGCAGGCAAUGACCACCAUGGACCCAUAUACGUUUGCAGAUCGUGGCAUGAGAGUGACCUGAUUCCUGGCAAGGCGGUGCCAGCACACAAAGUGGCCUACGUUGGCUACGACGGCAAUGAGCACAUUAAGAUUGAUUACGAAGUCCUCUGCGGCAGUGGCUACAGUUGGAUUUCUAUGAGUAGCGGAUAUGACGUGAUCCCGAAAAACGCUGUACCAGGGGGACAGGCUUCUGAUGGCGAAAUCCUGUACAUUGGACGUGUACAGCAUGAGGGUGUAGAAGUUUGCGGAAAAAUUCACCCCUCGCAUCACAGGUGCUUUAUUCCGUACGGUGGCAAAGAGGUGGCUUUUGAUAAUUAUUUUGACAUCUUGUGUUUCGAUAACUAAUUUGAAUUUUAGAAGUUUUAAUGAAAUCUUAGCACUCAUGAA